GAGUGAUGUGACAUUUCUCCAAUGGCUUUCCUGUACUUGGUGCCUUUGAAAAACUCAUUUCUUCCCUCCUGCAAGUAACCAGCUGCAGUAACCACGUCCAACUUCCUCCCAUUUGGACAUUAAUAAGUACCAUCAAGCUGUACUGAGAAAAUGUCAAACAAAGAUUGUCACUUUUGACAAAUAGACAACAACAAACAAACCAAACACUCAUUUUUUAAACUCUGUCCAAAAUUCUCCACCUCAAAAUUCUAUUGUCAACAACUCAAGAAGUCCACGGACACAGAAAGUAAAACACAAAUGUGAAACCAAAGAAGAAGAAGAAGAAGAAUGCACUGAAAUCCCGGAAUUUGCUUGUCGAUUUCUUGUCUUUUUUUCCUUUUCCUUUUUGCUUUGAACAUUUGGAUGAAAUCCCUUCAUUCUCUCUCAGUUUAAUGGGGUGUGAUGUUGGGGAUUUGGUCAAAGGUUAGAACAAAAGAAGCAUUUUUAUGGCUGAAGCAAUUGCAAACGUUGUGCGCUUAGUUCAAUGUCCCAACUGCGGAAACUUGCUUCCGGAGAUAUCUGAUUACUCUGCUUAUCAGUGUGGUGCUUGUGGUACUGCCCUCAAAGCUGAUAAAGAGAAUGGUGGCGUGGAUCCCUCACUUAAUAAUUCUGUUGAAGAAAGAUUACCAAGGUUUCCAGAAAGACUACUUCAGAAUUCGGAAAACCUUCUUGUUUCUGGAAUGAGUAGCAACGUUCCUAUUCCUGAGGAUGAUACCAUAUCCAAUGUUAGUAGUUCUUCUUACAGAACCGAGAGAAGGAGAUUCUCACGCGAUACAAAUGAACCUCACAGAGCAGUCUUUUAUGAUGAUGAUGAUGUGAUUGCUAAUAGCCAUAGCAGAAAUCAGAGUUUUGAGGAGAUGAAAUUCCGGACACGAUUUGUGAAUGACUUGCAAGGGUCAGGUAAACAAUGGGAUAGGAGGUUUGGAAGGACAAAUGAGAUGGAUGGAUUUUCGAGGCCUCCCAGGAAUGAUGUAGUUAGUACAAGUUACUCAACUUCAAAGUAUUCAGAAGAGGGGAUGCCUUUGAAUACUCAGCUGCAAGGAAGUUAUAAUGGUUAUAGAGAGCCUCUGAAUAAAAUUGAUGGUUUGCAUGGUCGUGAUGGUAUUGUUGGACUCCCUGGAGAAGAUCGAGCUACAAUUUUGAGGAAGUUGGAGGAACUGAAACUCCAGGUUCUUCGAUCUGGUGAUGUGGUUGACAGGUCCAAGAACAAGUUCCCUCUUGAAAGGAGAAAUGUUUCACCUGAUCCUUAUGGUUAUGCUGAGGAAUUCUUAACGGAUGGCUAUUCAUAUAUGGGUAGGCACCCAUUGCCUUAUGUAAAUCAGUAUAUUGAGACAACCCCUUUGGGGAAUAGGCAUGGCUUUUAUCCUCCUCUUCGCUUACCUGGUCAUGUCCAAGAAUUUGGGAAUGUGGUUCCUAUGGAUCAUUAUUAUUCACAUAGGCCUAACGUCAGUUAUCACCACCCAUCGUGUUCUUGCUUCCAUUGCUAUGAACAAUAUCAAAUUCAAGGUCGAGCUCAAGUUCGAGUACCACCUAAUGCAUAUGGUGCUAGGCAAGUCUCUAAUGUCGCAAAGGAUCCAGCAUUUUAUCAUCAUGAAUAUGAAAGUACUGUUGGUUCACGAGAUCAUAGAGAAACAUAUCAUGAUGGUUUUACUUCCUUCAAAUCUAGUAAUCCUCCAUCCCAUCAAAGAUGGCCCAGUGAUCUAAAAUCUGAAGCUAGCAGUGUGUUUGUUCACAAACAAAACCGUCCUGCAAGAAUCUUAGUCAGUUCUGGCUCACGUAAAUGCCAUCCUGUAGCUGGUGGUGCUCCAUUUUUAGCCUGUCAAAGUUGUCAUGAGUUGCUUUGGCUGCCUAAGAAAGUGGUUCUUGAUGUCAAUCCGAAGAAAAUGAGAUGUGGCGCAUGCUCUAUAUUAAUUGAAGUGACAGUGGACUCCAAGAAUCUGAAUGUUGUCAUUAGUUCAGUAGUGAAUAGAACUAAUGAUGUCAAUCUGAGUAGCGGUGAAGAUUUAAAUCAAUGGAGUGGCAACCAAAACAAGGCUCAUGAGAAGUUUGCUUCGGAUGAUUUUGAUAAUUCUGAUUGCAAUUAUGAAUCUAUGGAUAGGGAACUUGGAUCAACACCAAAUGGUGCAGGAAAGAGUCCUCAUUCUACAUUAUCCUCUUCUUCGGAUAAAGAGCUAAGGCUUGAUGAUGAGUCUCUGCCUGACAUGGGGAACAAGUCAAACUAUAAUGCUCCCGAGUUGCUGGUAAAAGGAAUUGAACUUCCACCUCCUGCUGGUUCAUCACUUCAAGAAUUAUUUGAGUACUCUAAUAAAUACCAUAGACCUAAGCACCAUGGAAAUGGAAACAGAAGUGGACUAUCUGAAAGAAAUAAAAUGACACCACCAGUGAAGGCUUCCUUUAGGCAAAGUACCACAAAUGAUGGCUCCGCAACAGAGAUAGAGAUAUCGUCCAAUGAGUAUGCCAAUACUACUGGAACAUCCUUAGAUUCGGGCGAAGCUAGGCAUGAAGGAAAAGUUCAGAUGAAAGCCCAUAAAACAGCUGACUCCUUUUUUGCUAGCAUGAUAAAAAGGAGCUUUAGGAACUCUAAUAAAUCCAUGACCGAUGACAGUGUCCAAGAGGAGCAGGCUAAUGUUACAGUUAACGGGAAUCUUAUACCAGAUAGGCUGAUUAAAAAAGCUUCAAUAUUAGCUGGGCCUAUUCAUCCUGGACAUUACUGGUAUGAUUUCCGAGCUGGAUUCUGGGGUGUGAUGGGCGGCCCAUGCCUUGGCAUAAUUCCUCCAUUCAUUGAAGAAUUCAACUACCCGAUGCCAGAGAAUUGCGCUGGGGGAACAACAGGUGUGGUUGUGAAUGGCAGGGAACUUCACCCAAAAGAUUUAAAAUUGUUGGCAAGUCGAGGGCUUCCAACAGAUGGGAAAAGAUCUUUCAUCCUUGAGAUUUCAGGCAGAGUCUUAGAUGCAGAUACUGGGGAAGAACUGGAAAGCCUCGGCAAACUUGCUCCUACGUAAGCAUUUCUCUCUUGUCAAAAGUUUCUACAAUUGUUUCUUGUGUCUUGAAAUUCUGAAGCUUCUUAAAUGAAUGUUAUCAGAUCUUAGGAAAGUGGUGAUAAAAGAACAAUUAUCAGGUUCAUGUUACUUACAGUUUUGCCAAACCAUCUUUCAGCAAAAGUAAAAAAAUCGUCUGCAUAAAAUUUCAACCUAGAAAUGCAGUUUGCUCUCAUUCUCUAACUGUUGGCUAUCUUAUGUUAGGAUUGAGAGGUUAAAGCGCGGAUUUGGCAUGAAAGAUCGUAAAAGUGGUGCUAGCAUAACUAGCCAGUUUUGCUAGUACACCAUAACAGAAAUUUUGUACAGCUACCUUUGCGAGUCAAAUAGACAACAGCCAUUUCAUUCCGCUGAAGCCAGAUAUUCCAAAGUAAAUGUUUCCUGAAAUACAGAAUUCGUUGUAGAGUGUUUCGCUUGCUUGCUGAAAGUAGUGAUCGAAUGUCCAUUAUUAUUUCCUGGUUGUGAGAAAUGUACAUUUUCAAAGUGUUCAAAUUGUAAUACCAUGUUCUGCAGUUUUGAUACUGGUACUUGAAAAAGCCAUACUUUGUCACAGUUUUGUAGUUGAAAACUUGCUUGUAUAUAUAAGAAACAGUGGCCUUUGUGUACAUACAUCCUGGAUGAUUCUGGUUAGAACAAGGUAUUUAGAUUUUGCAAAAGAACACAAUCGGGAAAGUUUCUUCUCAUUGACAAUUUUAUAAUGAUGAAAUGAAAGCAGAAGUGGAGGUAAUCAAACUUUGGAAUUAUGAUAACAGCAAAUUAAGAUGCAUUACAAUUUCCAAUCAAGUUCUAAUCCGUAUCAGCUAACUGAAAAUAUUUCUAGGCUUUUCUUUAAGCUUUCUUUUUCUUAGCUGAAGUCUUCUUUGGUCCUCCUCCUGAAGCUGCUGGGAAAACCCAUCUGAAAGUCCAAGCAGCCAAAAUUGCUCCAACAAAUGGACAAAUCCAGUACACAUAAAACUGCUCCCAAGUAUCAUGCCUCUUGUUCACAUACGCCCAACCAAAAGCAUUAGCCGGAUUCAUAGAGGGGCCGGUGUACCCGGAGCCCGCAAUCACAAGCGCCACCGUGCAAACAGCGAUCAAGAAGUUCUUCACAAUUGGACUCUUUGGUCCCUUCAGAACAAUCCCCAAAACCAGAAACGUAAUCACAAACGUCAAAACCCCUUCUGCAAUGGCUCCGGUGUGCAAAUCCACUUUCAAAGACGGCCCACCAAGCAUAUGCUUGUAUUGGGCCGGCAUAAACUCCUGGAUCGCCAGAGCGCCGCCGACCGCCCCGACAGCCUGGGCCGGGAAACGGAGGGCCGUGGAGUAAAGAGAGUUGGAUCCGCCGAGGCCGACGGCGUGGAAGGCAGCGGUGGCGGUGGGGUUGAAGGUGGCGCCGCCUAAGGCGUGACCGAUGAUCCCAAAAACGAACAAGAAGACGCAGACGAGACAGGUGGUGGUGAGGAGGGAGGACCACCAGUGAUGGUGGUGGGGGACGGGGAGAGCGGCGGUGAGGAGGGAAUUGAGGGUCCCCAGAGAUGAAAUACUGAAGACCCACAUGAAAGUCAACACCCCAUCCGCCACUGCUGCCUUGAUUGCACCCAUAUCGAUCAGUUUUCCGAUUGAGCGACUGAUGAAUCAAAAAAAUCAGUGGAGAAAGGAGAAGGGGAGAAUGGGGGUUUCUAAUCUAAUGUAUAUAACCAGGAAUAUCUACUGUGUGAGUGUGUGUGUUUUAGCCUUUUAGGUGGGUGGUCAACGAGGGGUAUGGUUUUGUUGGCCACAUUUUUUUGACCAAUCACGUUUUGAGUUUCCUUUGAUAGUAGUAUUAGUAUGUUAGACUACUACUUCUUACAUUAGUGAUCAAAGUGGCGUAAUUGGUUAUUUACCUAAAUUUAUUCUAA